UUUAAAAUUUUCACACAAAAGGCGUAAAGGGUCUUACAAUUUGUGAAUGUUGUAUUGUUUAAUAUGUCUACUUGUUGAGAAAAUAACUUAAUGUUUAUCUUGGCAACAAGAUGGAAAGUGAUGAUUCUGUCGCAAUGGAAUUUUCUGCGCAAGCCCUAGUUAGUUUAAGAGGAAAUCAGCCUUCGCUACGGAACUCGCAUGGAGAUGAUGAAAUACAAACAGACGAUGUUUUGCACUUUCCUAACUUCUCCGAUAACGCCAUUGCACAAGCAUCAUUUGGCUCACCUCGUCGAAAAGCUAGAAAACCGAUAAAAUUACAAAAUACGUCCAUUAAAGGUUCCCCAACAAAGAAAACAGCGGCGAGUUUGAUGUCAAAAUUACGGAAUUUAUUGAAGUUACCAAAAGCUUUCAAAUGGUGUUAUUUUGAAUGGUUUUAUUCCAGUAUUGAUAAGUCGUUGUUUCUUACUGAUAAUGACUUCUGCGUCUGUCUUAGAGAGCAUUUUCCAAACUUAAAUGCUAAAAAUCUUCGUAGAGUUGAGUGGAGAGAAUUGAGAAGACUAAUGGGUAAGCCAAGGAGAUGUUCACAGUCCUUUUUUAACGAGGAAAGAAGUGCUUUAGAGGACAAAAGGCAGAAAAUUCGGCUUCUUCAACAAAGAAAAGUUACAGAGUUAGCAAAGUUCAAAGAUCUUCCAAAAGAGAUUCCAGUACCACUUGUGAUUGGUACUAAAGUUUCUGCAAGGCUGCACGAACCACAGAGUGGUAUAUUUACAGGGCAGAUUGAUGCUGUUGAUAGUACUGCAUCUACAUACAGAGUAAGAUUUGAUAUUCCAGAGCUUGGAACCCAUUCGAUUAUGGAUAUUGACAUUCAAAGUAAUGAGUGUGAAGAAACCAUGCCUAUUUCAGCAUUUGCAUUGAAGGAACGCCCAAAGCUUGCCAAUGUGCCAACGUUUAGCUCUGUGCGCCGAAAACUGUCUGCAGUUGGUGAUCCAUUACUGAGCAAUUCACCAACACGUGUUCAGCUACAAGAAGUUCUUGACAAAGGAGAUACCACAGUUGGUGGUUUUCCAAUUAAGUUUCUUGCUCUUGUAACUAGAUUGUCUAAGGUUUUAACUCUGAAAAGAGAAUUUGUUGAUAAAUUGAAACAAUUGAAUAGUGAAGCGGAGAAACUAAAAUCGUACCAAAUACCCAUUGAACGAGAUUUUCAGAAGAAAUAUGCAGAGGUUGUCCUUGAACUUGAGAGACUCAACACUGAUUUGAACAAUUAUUUAAAGGAAGUGGAGGAAUAUUGUCAAAACAUUAAUUCUGUCCAGGGUGUUGCAAGUUUAGAUCAGUCAGAUGGGCUACAGGGAUCAUGUGAGAAACAGGCAAAGUUGAUGGUUGAGCGUUUAUCAGGUGAUGCUGAUCAUGAUGUAGAGAAUGCUUCUAUGCUGCAAUUAAUUGCGAGUCUCACAGCUUUGUUACUUCAGGUGAAAAUGCUUGCUGAGAGUGACUUAAAUUCCUUUGAAUUUAAAAGUUUAGUUGACAGUGUACAAGAGUUAAAGAAGUCAGUAGAUUCAACCAAUGUAAGUUCUUUUCAAAACAAUGUAGAAAUUCAUAUUGCACAUAUUCAAUCAGGACUUAGUCAGAUGGGUAACCUUCAAGCAUUUGCCACAAAUCCACCCUAGGUAUUUGAUUGACUUGAUAUUGUUUAUUGGUUUUAGUGAAACAAAAACACUAGUAUUGUCAUCAAUAUAUAGUACAAUAUAUGCACAAAUUGUAAGUAGUAAUUUUUAGUCAGCUUUUGUGUGCCAAAUAAUGUGAUUUGAAAGAGUAAUCUGAUCUCAUUAUUUUCUGAAACAUCUACAUCUCUGGAUCUUUCACCCAAAUGGCCAGGGAAUUUUUUUAAACCAAGAGAAAAUUUGUUUCAUUGCUUUGUUCUCUUAAUGAGAGUUGGACGAUAAUAAUAGCACAACAAAGAAAUAUGUUUCAAGUUCACAUCCAGUUUUUUCCUUAGCUUCCCUGUAUUUGUCUAUACUAAACACAUGUGUACUAAUCAUAUACUAACAGUACUGUCGUUAUCUUUUGAGUACAUUACAAAUGCUGUUUUUUGUUUAAUCUAUAUGGUUGGCUUUGGUUACCUUUCCCAAAUGGCCAAUUCCUCGUAAGUUUUCACUAGGUGUACACCUAAAUGAAAAUCAUGAGAUGUGGAUAUUUUGUGGACUUACCGAAUUUUAAUAUUUGUAUAUGUAUUGUAUUUUGUACAGGAAGUAAA